GUUGCAACUUCCGUGGUGGAUCGUUGUGAGGAUGCCCUGGUACGUCAACUUCUGCUUCUACUCAUGAUUGAUGCCGAACUGGAACAAACACAACAUGCACACAGUCUAUUCACCCUACUGUACGACACCGUUUCUUCUAAUGAUACGGAUGCUAUCGUUGCCACAGAAUCACUAUUUUUUCGGACCAUCCACCAACUGGAACAGGACUCGUUGUCUGAUGUUCCACCGACCGAUCCCUGUCCCGAAUCCACAUUGCGCAUAGUGCGUCCUCUGAUCGACCGUCUGGGAACCAUGCUACGGGCUCUCAAUCCAAGCCUCGAAUCCUCUUCCCUGUUUGCCAAUUUUCUCAGCUCGCGGCAGUUGGUCGGGGCCCGUGAACGUGCCUUGUUCUGUCCGCAACGUCAACCGCUCGUACGACUGGCUUUGUGGUUUUCCCGGUCAUUUUGUACAGCUCAGCUGACCGAUCAAAUGGAUGAGGAUCUACACAGUAUGCUGGUCAAUUUUCUACGCGUAGGCAAACAACACGUGGCGUUGCGCACACAGUUUUUUCAUUGGCUUGGUGCUUGCAUUGAAGCUAAUCGAGAUCUGGGCCAAGAAACACGUCUGGCUGGCACUUUAUCCGGCAGUGGAUCCAGCGCGCCUGUCUUUCCAUCCGAUGUCCCGCUUCUGACCCAAUUGUUUUUCCUUGCACACGCGGCUAUCCGGGUCGGUUGGACACCGCUGAUUGCACGUCAUUUUGAAACCGCACAGCAGUUGCAUCAACUUGAGGCUCAAUGGCAAGCACAUGAAGCUUCCGGUCUGACAAGCAAUGCAGACUCACAAGCUCAGUUUCUCCGUCCCCUAAUUCGUGAACGCACCUCGCGCUAUCUGGAGCAGUCAACCAGUCUGUCAAAUGCUUCUCGACUUCGUAAUUUGUUGGCCUUCUCUGUUACAACCAGUCAACUAUUAGUUCAUCUCGCCCGGACCGCUUUCGGUUUAGAUCCAACCGGGUCCGUGGAACAUGGCGGGCUAUCCGAUUUACCUGAAUACUUGGUUGACAAUAUUGUGGAAUUGAUCACUGAAGUUGAGCAAAUCCCGUUGGAAUCACUGCUGGAGUUCAGCAUCUUGUUUAUGCUACAUACCCGUGCCCUGGCCAAUCCUCAUUUGCGAGCUCGACUGGCUGAGGUGCUUGAAUCGUUGAUCCCGUUGCGAGAUGAUGAAGCGUGGAAUAGCAGUCAACGGCCCAGCGGCCUACUGGACGUCCAUAAUCUGUCUUUCCUUCGUCGGCAGCGCAUGUUUGUACCAGAUUCCGGUUCCACAAGCUCGGAAGUUUUGGAACACGCGGUAGCUGCCCUGCUCACCGCGUUCGUUUCCAUCGAAUUAUCUCCAGGCACUGGAGCAGUGGGUAGUGCGGGCUCAGCGGCUGAAGUUCUUAUCGCUUCCGCCUCGCGUGGUUCCUCUCAGUUGAACGAAGCUCAUCAGUCCGAUGCACCAAAUACACCGCCAGCGGAUGAGAUCAUGAACACACCAGCCAGUGAUCCGCACACAGCCACGGUGGGUUUUGAGGAAAAGUUCCAGUAUCGACGUCCUAUGUAUGCUUGUUUGAGAUUCUGGCAUGGAAACGCAUUCUACGAUCGUCAAUUCCAUGAUCUGGAAUCCGAAGCGCUGGAACACAUCGAUGAUGUGACUCCGCCAUUAUUUCUACAAUUCCUAUCACUCCUUGUAAACGACGCGAUUUUCCUGCUGGACGAGGCGAUCAGUUUAUUGGCACAGUUGAAAAACAAGGAGCGUGAACGUGAUGCUGCCGGUGGUCGUUUGGCCACACAACAGGAGGAAUCACUGUUUGCUCACACGGGUCGUCUUGCUCGGCAUCACAUCAUGCUGGGACUGGAUACAAUAGCCGCACUGCGUCGUGUGGUCUCCAUCUGCCCCCGACUGAUUACACACCCUAUUCUGGUUGAUCGAAUCGCUUGCAUGCUGAACUAUUUCCUCGCCCGUUUGGUGGGACCUAAGCAACGUGAUCUCACUGUGCGUGAUAAGGCAGCCUACGGAUUCCGACCCGACCUGUUGGUCAUUGAAAUUUGUCAAAUUUACAACAGUCUUGCGCUCCAAUCCGAUGUUGGUGAGUUGUGCAAUUUUGCCUCAUGUCUUACUGAACUUCAUGAUUGA